AAGUAAACUAACCAAGCGACAGCGUUAGUCGUGUUUGAAUUCACUGGAAGUCUUUAUUGUAGUCGUAGCUCCUCUAAUUAUUUACUUUGUCAUUAAGCAACAAUGUCUUCAGUUGAGUGUUUGAGAGAGUUUGUCAGCGAGCGACUAACUGCUGCUGCUGAAGAAAUAUUCCGAGUUUUUAUAAAAACUAUCGUCGAGUACGAGGAAGAGAUCGAUCGUCAGCGCAGACUGCUGGAUAUCGUUUGGAAACCCGAAGUAAAGUUACACAGGAUAGAGCUCCCACAGCAACAUGUCUGGAAGGAGGAGGAGGUUCUGGCUGACCAGCAGCUCUGUAUUCAGGAGAGGAACUCCAGUCUGGACCAAGAGGACCCAGAGCCUCCACAGAUUAAAGAGGAACAGGAGGAACUCUGUACCAGUCAGGAGGGAGAGCAGCUUGUACUGAAGCAGGAGACUGAUACCUUUAUGUUGACUCCUACUUAUGAGGAAAGAGACCACAGUGAAGCAGAACUGAAAAGUGACCACCAGCUCCUCUCUCACAGCUGUCAUGUAGCUGAGAGCCAAGAUCAGAAAGGAGGCGAGCAUGAAGACUCAGGAUCAACUAGAGAUGCAGAGCCAGAACAAAAGAAUCAAGAUCACAAAAGCAGAAGCCACAGAAACAAUGUAAACAACUCUACCAUGUCAGAGGUUCACAAUAAUCCUCACACAGGUAAAAACUCCUUCAAAUGUGACACAUGUGGUAAAUACUUUAGAGAUAAGUCAGAUUUGCAGAGACACCUGAGAAUUCACACAGGUGAGAAGCCAUAUUCUUGCACUAGCUGUGGAAGAAGAUUCAGUACCUCAUCAUAUUUGAAGACUCAUAUUAGAAUCCACACAGGUGAGAAACCAUUUUCUUGCAUAACAUGUGGGAAAGAAUUCAGAACUAGCAGUCACUUGAAAGUCCACAUGCGAUAUCCCACAGGUGAGAAGCCGUACCUUUGCAAGACCUGUGGGAAAUGUUUCUGUGAGAUGUCAAAAUUGAAAACACACAUGACAUCCCACAGAAGUGAGAAGACAUAUACUUGCGAAACAUGUGGGAGAUCUUUUAGACAGAGAACUGGCUUGAAAAUCCACAUGAGAAUAGCUCACACAGGUGAGAAGCCAUACGUUUGUAAAACAUGUGGGAAAUCUUUUAGCCAGAGUUGUCACUUAAAAGUCCACAUGAGAACCCACACAGGUGAGAAACCGUAUCUUUGCAAGACCUGCGGGAAAAGAUUCAAUGACACUUCAGGCUUGAAAACGCAUAUGACAAUCCACACAGGUGAGAAGCCGUAUACUUGUGAAACAUGUGGGACAUCUUUUAGAAAGAAAUGUAUCUUGAAAGUCCAUCUGAGAACCCACACAGGUGAGAAGCCGUACCUUUGCAAGAUCUGUGGGAAAAGAUUCAGUGACACUUCAGGAUUGAAAACACAUGUGACAGUCCACACAGGGGAGAAGCCUUAUAUUUGCAAAACAUGCGGGACAUCUUUUAGACUGAAAUGUAGCUUGAAUGUCCACAUGAGAAGAAGCCACACAGGUGAGAAGCCGUACCUUUGCAAGACCUGUGGAAAAAGAUUCACUGACACUUCAGGAUUGAAAACGCAUAUGAGAACCCACACAGGUGAGAAGCCGUAUAUUUGCAAAAUAUGCGGGACAUCUUUUAGACAGAAUUGUAGCUUGAAAGUCCACAUGAGAAGAGCCCACACUGGUGAGAAGCCGUAGCUUUGCACGAUCUUCUGGACAAUAUAUGCUAUAGAAAUAUUAAAAUGUAUGCACCAUAAUUUAUGGAACCCAAUUCACAAUAAAUGUUUUGCAGUGGUAGGAUAUUAAAACACUAACGUCAGGCCACCAAGCCAUUCUUAAAUUCAAAAUCCAUUCAUCCUUAUUACUGCUCCAUGUAGUAUAGUUUAUUUCUGUUUACCUUGUUAUGAUUGUUGUUUAUCAGACAUUUAUCUGGUUGUAAAUAAUUAAUAUUGACUGUAGUGUAAGUAGUACGUACUAUGUAAAAUGUUAAUUGUAUAUUGAUCGCAUAUAGUGUGUUUUUAGUGUAUAUAUAUUUAUAUAUCUAUAUUGAAUGUUACUGUUUCUACAAUACUGCUCCUGUUCUUUUAUAUUCCUUUGUGCUGCUAUGUCAACCGAAAUUUCCCCUUAAUGCAGUUAUCUUAUCUUAAAGCUAAAAACUUAUGGCAGGCUUAUAUAAUGAGAUGCACUGUUAACAUAACUUUUAAACAGGUUGUAAAAUAGGUAAAACGUAGCUGAAUGUUGACCAGCUUUCCACAUGUUAUGACAUCAGUUAAUAAAAUAUUAUAUAAUUAUGUGGCA